UAGCGCGGCGGCCGAGAUAAGACUACCUGUUUACCUUAACCCAAUUACCAAAUUUUACAGGUUAUAAAUAUCACGCGCGCAGAUUUUCAAACACAACGAUUCUACCAUGACCGAUACCGAUCCGGACGCGGAUGCCUAUUUUUCGAGCUAUGGCGACCUGGAGGUCCAUAAAUUAAUGAUACAGGACUCGGCUAGGACCGAGACGUACAAAAAUGCUAUCCUAUCUAGCCGCUCGGUGUUCGAGGGUAAAAUCGUGUUGGACGUGGGAGCGGGCACCGGUAUACUGUCCAUAUUCUGCGCCCAGGCAGGAGCGACUAAGGUAUUCGCGGUCGAAGCCAGCAAGAUGGCCGAGAUGGCCCGACAGCUAGUGGCCGAAAACCAUUUUUCAGAUACCAUCGAAGUGGUCUACGGCAAAGUGGAGGACGUCACUCUGCCCUAUCAGGUAGACAUUAUUGUUUCUGAAUGGAUGGGAUUUUACAUGUUGCACGAGAGCAUGUUGGACAGCGUUAUCGUGGCGCGAGACAAAUUCUUAAAACCAGAUGGCCUGAUGUUCCCGUCUCAUUGUACACUCUAUGCGUCUCCGUGUGCAUUACCAGAUCUCUAUUCGGAGUGGGACAAUGUCUGUGGUGUUAAAAUGAGAUCUUUCGCACAAGCUCUACGUAGUUUAUACCUGAAUAGACCAAAAAUCAUGAGUAUUCAAGUUGAGAACAUGCUCGCUCAAAAUGUCAGUCCCAUUGUAGAAUUGAACCUUCAGAAUUGUCAACCACAACAACUUGAUAAUAUCGCAGCACAACGAUAUUUAACCAUUGUCGAGAAGAGCGGAAUUUACCAGGGAGUGUGUUUUUGGUUCGAUGUACAAUUCCCAACUACCGGUACCACCCUGAGCACUUCGCCUUCAUCGCCAAUAACACAUUGGAAACAGACCAUCAUAGUACUGCCGACACAAAUAGAAGUAGAAGAAGGUGAUGCUGUAAUGUUUAAUGUACAAUUUAAUCGCAACAGUCCAAACUCAAGGCAUUACAGUAUCAACCUAGAAAUGUUAGACUCUUUACACGAGACACAUCCAAACCCAUGUGAUUGCAAUCAAACAAAAUGUAAAAUUAUCAAAACAUUUUUAUCUGUUACAAAAAAUAUUUCAGACGAUGAGGAUUCAAGUAUUGAUGACCAAAAUGAGGACAUAUCAUAAUUUAUGGUAUUCAAUGUCCAUAAUUUUUAAUGAUUUAUUAUGACAAUAUGCAUAUUACAAUUGACUGUUAGUUAAAUAUAAGCAAUAUUUAUUACGUAAUUUACCAAAAAAAGAAAAAUUAAUUUUAACUUAUAAAAAAUAACU